GUCUAUAGCGCUUCCUUAGGAGUCAGAGGACGAGAUUGUUUGCAGCUGCCUGCAGCUGCCUGCAGCCGCUUUGAGCCCUUCAACACAGCUGAGAGGCACAGCAACCAUGAGCACAACCAUAGAGAAAUCCUUGGAGAGCAGGCUCCAGCAGUUAAAAUGCCAUUUCACCUGGAACUUGAUAACGGGAGAUGAGUCCGUGGAUGAGUUUGAGGACAGGGUGUUUAACAAGGAUGAGUUUCAGAACAGUGAGUGUAAAGCCACGAUGUGCAACAUCCAGGCCUAUGUCAACCACCUCAGGGGCCAAAACGAGGCAGCACUGAAGUGUUUAGAGGAUGCUGAACAUUUCAUUCAGCAACAGCAUCCUAACCAAGUAGAAAUCAGAAGUCUGGUCACCUGGGGAAACUACGCUUGGGUCUACUAUCACAUGGGCCAACUCUCAAAAGCACAGGCUUAUCUUGACAAGGUGAGAGGGGUCUGUGAGAAGUUAUCCAGUCCCUACAGGAUCGAGAGUCCUGAGCUUGACUGUGAGGAAGGGUGGGCCCGAUUAAAGUGCACCAAGAACCGAAAUGAGAGAGUGAAGGUGUGUUUUGAGAAGGCUCUGGAAAAGGACCCGAAGAACCCAGAAUUCACCUCUGGAUGGGCCAUUGCAUGCUACCGUCUGGACUUCUGGCCAGCACAGCAGGACUCCAUUGACUCUCUGAAAGGAGCCCUUAGACUUUCUCCCAACAACUCUUAUCUUAAAGUCCUCUUGGCACUGAAGCUUGAGACGGUAGAUGAAGACCAAGCAUGGGCACUAGUGGAAGAAGCCAUAAGGAAAGCCCCAGAUGCAACAGAUGUGCUGCUCAGUGCAGCCAAGUUUUAUUACAAGAUACAUGACGCAGACAGAGCUAUACAGAUGCUUACAAAGGCUUUAGAACACCUGCCAAACAAUGCCUAUGCACAUUACCAUGUUGGGUGCUGCUACAGGUCAAAAGUGCUUGGAAUGUUUCAUAGAAGAGAAACUUCAUUCAAUGGGAAUCAAACGAGGUUUCAGGAACUAAUACAACUGGCGAUUAACCACUUAAGGAAAGCAGAGGAGAUCAAGGAAUUUCUCAAACAUUCCUGUAGCUACCUUGCUGGACUUUAUUCCAUGGCAAACCAGUAUGAAGAAGCCAAUUAUUACUUCCAGAAAGAAUUCAAGAAUGUUCUCACACCAGGCCUUAAACAGUUGCUCCACCUACAGUACGGCAAUUUCCAGUUGUUUCAAAUGAAGUGUGAAGACAAGGCCAUCCAACAUUUUAUGGAGGGUGUGAAAAUAAGGCGGGAGACGAAGCCUAAAGGAAAGAUGAUAAACAAACUUCAAAGAAUUGCCCUAAGGCGACUUUCUGAAAAUGAAUUUGAUUCUGAGGCCUUGUACAUCUUGGUGUUUCUUCGGGAGUUGAAUGAAGAAGGCGAGUAAGCUGCUAAAGAAGCUGAGAGGGGACUGGAUGCUAAGAAGGCUGCUCCUUCAGCAUCUUUGCAUGAGGAUUGGGACAAGUAGGGGUGACAUGGUGCCCGCAGUGCCACUGCUGGUAGGAAACUGAAACCCUUACCAAGUUGCCUUUCAAUGUAUUUAACAACUUCAUGGACAGGAACCCUUCUAUCAAAUGUUAGCACCUGAAUUGCUGGAUCAGGGAGAGGUUUGAGAGAGGAACCAGUUGGAGCCAUAGACACAAGAGCCUGACAAACAGUCUAGAUCGCUUUUUAUUUCUUAGAAAUAGUUCCUUCCUAUGGUAGCAAUUCUUUAAUCACCUUCUUUGGAUGCUUCUGUUGGGUCUGUUUCUGUAAUUAUUUAAAGCAGCCAAAUUCCUCACCUGGGUGAGUUUUCCAUCCUUGAGUUAUUUUAGCGAUUGCACAGCCUUGUUCUACAUAGAUAACAGUGCCCAUUAAAAAACUCAGGAGCCAGGGGCAGUUGCUCAAGACAAUAAUCCCAGCACUUGGGAGCUGAGACAGGAGGAUUACCAUGCGUUGGAAGUCAGUCUGAGCAUGACCUGGAAUGGAUGGUGAAGGGUGGUGAGAAUUAUCCAUGUAAAUAUUUAAUGAUUAUGUACAUUAUCUUGUUAGUUUGGAUUGUAUAUGCCUAUAUAGCACUAUUAGCACAUUUCUAAAGCACGGAGGAUAGUGAUUUUGUUUUAUUGUAUAAUUUCAAAGCUUACAAAAUAUUGCUCAAUAUUAGUUGAGCUCAAAAUAGAAACUGAAUAAUGAGUUCCAGAUCUAAAAACAAACAAAAGCAACAAAAGUUGAUGAACAAAAUCCUUCCUCCAAUUUACCAGCCAGUCAUCAAUUUAUAGUGUCCUAUAAACAUGAGUUCGAUUGCAACAUUAACCCAGAUGGCAACCUAAUUGGGAAAGUGAGAACAGAGAAAGUAAGAAGGGCCAUACCUGUGCAAACCAAUAGAGUCAGACGAUGACAUUGCCAGACUUGUGGGAGGCACAUGGGGAGACUUAUUUCAAACUUAAGUGGCAACUUAAGAAGGACACUGGGUGGGAGAAUAACUUGGUAACUGAGGCCUGGUGGUAGGAAAUGGCAUGAGUACUGGAGGGGGAAUUCUUUCCUCCAUUAGAAAUGUUACUUACCAAGGAAUAUAAAAACUUCUUUGAACUCUGAAAAAUACUCAGGAACAUCAGGAAAUUGAUGACUGACGUUUCCUCGGUAGAUCUGCAAUGGCCGAAACAUUAAGGUUGAUGUGCUGCAGCAGAGAGGUGAUUGGCCCAAUGUGAGGCUGACAACCGCCUCUGGGGUAGAAAUGAUUCUCUAUUGGCAUUAGUUUGCUUAUAAGUAUAUAUGAACAUUUUAUCAGCAAUUAGAAUAUAUUAGAUUAAUAGGUUCUUAAAACUGGACAUUCUAACAGCUGUAACAGUGUUCCCUGUUAUUUUAAAUAUUAAAGGGUUUUGUAUGCACUUAAGUCCAUCAGUAGACAGCUUGAAUUUCUUUGUUAAUAAAUAACACAUGAUAGAACAUUGAGCAGUGUUCCAGCUGAAUAAAAAUUUUACUGUACUCUCACUGUCUUAGACUUAAGUACUAGUAAUAAAG